UUUUUCCCCCAUCGCUUUGGCUGCGUUAUCCUCUCCCUUCCCUUUUCCAGGUGGCCAGGUCCGUCGCCGUUGCUCUGUUCUCGCCACCAUCGUCUCAGGCGAGGAAAGAAGCGGCGAAGGCGAUCUCGUUCGCCUCUCCAGAUCCCAUUCGAUAUCUUAUCAUUUUCUUUCGCGCUUGUUCUCGCUGUCCGCCAAUGGAGCCUUCGGCGACCGGCGCGGCCUCAAUCGAGAGUCAUGGUUUCCAGGACAAGGUGGAUUGUUUUCUCCUCGAAGCCCUAGAGAAUCCUCGCCAUCGUCUUACUGUUCUGCGUAUGGAGUUUGACAUCCAGAGGUUUAUGCAGAAUUCUGAUCAACAUCAAUUUGAAUUUCAGCACUUGCCAACUUCCUAUCUGAGAUGUGCUGCUCAUCGUGUUGCUCAGCAUUAUGGACUGCUUACCACGGGAAUUGAAAACACUACAGUUGGCCUAGGCAGCAGGGAAACAUCUGGACCAUUUAAGAUUGUCCUUCGUCCAAGGCCAGCAAAGGCUUCCCCAAAUGCUGAUAUUCAUUUUGGACACAAGGAGGAUGCAGUGAAGUCUGUGGAGGAGCGCAAGGAGGAAUACAAUAGAGCGCGGGCCCGCAUCUUUAACGGUUCUAACAGUUUGGACAUGGAUGCACCAUCAGCUGCUUCAACUGACAGUGAUGAGCAAGAAUUGCUGUUGGAGGAAAUUGAAAGGAUUCACAGCAAAGAUGGAUCAUACAGAGUUGCCAUUUUCAGAGAUAGGGAGAAGGACCGGUCUGAUCCAGACUAUGACCGGAGUUAUGAAAGGUAUGUUAGAGGACCCACUCCAAGCCAGGUAGGCUUGCAAGCAGGCAAUUCUUUUCAGCCAGCUUUCCUACAGUACGAUGCAAACACUUCUUUUAAUCACUUGCCAAGGAACGAAAGUUGCUUUGGCCCUAACCCAUCAAUGAACCCAUUUUGCACCUCUGGAUACAACCAGACGACGAAGGAUGCAUUCUGCAUGCAGUGGCCCAGCCCUGCGAUGAUGUAUGCGUAUUCCUACGAACCUUUUAGACAGGUGAAUUUUCAGGCGCCACCGUAUCAACAACCUUUGAGCUUUGAUCAUCCAAGGAAUUCAUACAUCUGGCUUAGUUAUGUAACGACUUGUUAUCAUUAGAUGUAGAAUAGACGUCAGUCAUGGUUUGUACUACUACUGCUACUAGAACCCUAAGAUUUGUAUUAUUAUUACAAGCACAUUGUUUAAAUCUGGUGCCUGUUUUUUAUGUUUUUGUGAAUC